CAUAUCUCAAGCUAAUCAAUUAAUUAAAUUAUUAUAUUCAAUUGUUCAACAACAACAAACUUUUUUUAUCAAAUCGAACAUAAAAUAAAUUUGUUUUUCUUUCUCAAACCUUCAUCAUGUUUUUUUCAUCAUAAGAUUUUCUUAAUCGAACUUUUAACUUUAUCUUUUGCGUUUUUCCCCGUUCAUGCAUUGAAAAUAAAAAGCCUUUCGACAAUUGAAACUAAUUCGAAACCUAUUUCAAUUUGUCAAUGUCACCUUUUUGAUCAGUGUAGCAGCGACUAGCUAGAAGUCAACUAUGAUUAGUUUACUUUCGGUAAUAGACAGAGAACAGUACUUAGCUAAAUGUUACGUUAGAAUCUAUGAUAAGAGAACCGUCAGAUUUGUUUUACUCAUAUUGAUUUGUAUAGGAAAGAGACAAUCAACCUGAUUAACAAUCAGAUUUGAACUAUAUUUUAAUAAUAAUUGUGUGUUGAGAAUUGAUAUUAUCGAUUGGAAUUAGAUGUAAAUCAAAUAAAUAGUUUGCAUUAAAAUGAACAAGAGACUUACAAGACAAAAAAAAUUCUAUUAGAAAUCGAGAGAUAAAUCCGAUAGAUGAUUUUCGUGACGAUUGAUAAUCAGAGAUAAAUAAAUGAACUCGUUAAAAGAUUUUUCAAUUAAUCAAUUUUAGAUUUUUAUUAUUUCAACUAAUAAAAAAUAUUCUCAAAUUUAUAUUUUAGACAGAGACAAUUAUCAUCACUAUCUUUUUUUUUUAUUAACUUAAACAAAUAAAUAUUUAUUUAUAUUUAUAUCAGACAUUGUUUUUGUUUUUUUAAGUAUACUUUUUUUUGAUAAAGAAUAAUAAUUAAAUUAAGAAAGGAAUUUUUGUUUUUGGUUAAAGAUGUUUUCUCGUUAAAUGAGAAUAUAUUGAAUUAAAUAUCUGUAUGAUAUUGACAUUUAUUUAAAAUGAUCGUUGAAUGAUAUAUAAGAUUUAAAAUUUUAUCUAAAGACUUUUAAAAAAAGAACUAACUUAGAUUUUGACAUUUUUAAGAUUAUUUUUUGUUUUCUUUUAUUAUGAAACAAAUCGUUGAAUAAAAUAAAUAUUUUCUCUCGAUUAAAAUAAUAUUCGAUAUAUAUAUAUAUAUGAUUUUAUUUUAUCGAACAUUUUUUAAAAAUAAUCCGUUAGAUAUAUAAAAAUGAAUUUUAUUUUAAUUAAAAUAAAGAUAAUAGAAAUAAUUAAAUUGAUUUUUUCAUGAGAAUAAAAUGAAAAUUAGAGUUAUUUAGUUAAUUAAUAUAAUAUAUUAUUUAAAAACGUGUCAGUUAGAGAAAUAAUGUUCGAUUUGAUAAAAAGAAUAAAAUAAAAAUUGUUUAUUAAAAAUUUAGAUGAUCUUGUUGAACGUUUAAAUGAAUGUGAAUAUUCAUUUAAUAGUCAAUAUGAUUUAAUAGAAAAUGUUAAUAAAAUAAAUCGAAAAGAAAAUCCAUCUCGAUCAUGUAAAUCACGUUUUGAUUUAUCAUUAAAAUUAUUUUCUAUUGGAAAAAAAAACAGAUUAAUUUCAAAUGAAUUUAGUUCACAACAAAUUCAACAAUCAUUUCAAUAA